CAACAUAAAUAAAAAUACACACGAACAGCUGAUGGCUGAAUCACGUCAAGUUUACCACGUUUUUAUAACUGCGAUUAAUUGUGACAAGUUAUCUGAUCAAAUUAGUAAUGGAUAAAGUAAAAAAAUUGUCAAAUAAUAAAUUAUAAAUUUUUAUUUUUAAUCAUAAAUAUAUACAUCCAUCCAUACAUGUAUAUAUUUUUUAUAAACAUAUAAUGGCGGAAUCGGAAAUAAAUACGAGCAAUAACAUAGACUUCAAUUACGACAGCAAUAGUAGAAUAAGAGCAAAUAGUUCAGAUACUGAAUCUACACCAUCGUCUUCUGUAUCUGAUUGUAUUACAAAUAAUACUGAUGAUAAUUCUGAGGAUAAAAUUUCCGUACCAUUCAGUUUGAAAUCAGUCGAGUCUUUGCUGUCUUUGUCUAAGACGGCAACACUCGAUGACUUGAAUGAAAUGAUUGAAAAGUGUAAGCAAAUGAUAUUAGACAGCCAAGAAUGUACUGACGAACGUAAAUGGCUCGUGAGGCGGCUAAUUGAAUUGAGAUUACGCGCUCAAGAACUACGCGAAUCGUCGGAUUUGAAUUUAUUUGAAACUCAAGUAAUUUUAGGGCAUCAUUUAGUGCCGCAAAAGUAUCAAAUCCCUACUACUGGGCCUCUAUACUGCGAUCAUUGCAGUGGCGCUAUUUGGAUGAUGUUACAGUCAUGGUACUCAUGUAAUGAUUGUGGAUUUUCAUGUCAUUGGAAAUGCAUUACUGAUAUAAGACGUGUUUGUGCCCAUGUAUUAGCGAGUGAAGCUGGUGGUUAUGUUUUCACCAAAGAAAUUUGCCCUGAAAAAGGUCUUUCUGCACAAGGAUAUAAAUGUGCUGAGUGUCAUACACGUCUAACAUUUACUGCCAUAAAAGGAUUGUCGCUACUUUGUUUUGGUAGUCCUUUCAAACAACCAGAAUCCGUAUGGGUGGAACCUCGACUUUGUGACUAUACAGGAUUGUAUUAUUGUCAACGCUGUCAUUGGAAUACUAUGGCUGUAAUACCAGCACGGGUAAUUAGAAAUUGGGAUAUGGAACCAAAACGAGUCAGCAGAUCAGCCGCACAACUUUUACAUCUACUAAAUGAACGUCCUGUUCUUUUAUUAGAGCAACUGAAUCCUAAAUUAUUUGAGUUAGUGCCCGAUUUGUCACUCAUUAAAAGGUUACGUGAAGAAUUACAGAUGAUGAAAAAAUAUUUAGUAUUUUGUCAGGAGGCUGAUGUACGAGGAUUACCAUGGCGUACUGGAUUACGUACGCAUAUGAUUGAAAAUUCAGGUAAUUAUUCGAUAAAAGAUCUUGUUGAUUUUCAAAAUGGAAUAUUAAUGGAAGAAAUUCGCACGGCUUGUGAUUUGAUGCGUGAACAUAUUACAGAAUCAUGUGAAUUGUGCCGAGCUCGUGGUCAUUUGUGUGAAAUUUGCGGUAAUGAUGAAGUAAUAUUUCCAUGGGACCCAAGUGCUAUUUCAUGCCAACAAUGCAAUGCAGUUCAUCAUCGUGUUUGCUGGUCCAAAAGAAAUCAUCGUUGCCCGAAGUGUGCGCGUAUUGAAAAAAGACGCUCAACUAAUGACGAUCAAAUCAAUGAAGAUGUCAAUGAUAAUAAUGAUGAUGGUGACAAUUUACUGACAACAAAUGACUCAGUGCGUUAGAUUUAUGCAUAGAAACUGCAAUAAUAUUUUUGGGUUGGAAAAUAACGAAUUGUCAUCUCUUCAGAUACUCGCAGGGUAUGGAAGUGGGGUAAAAACUGACAUACCGAAUUGUAGAUAAAUUUAUAGUAAUAGGAGUAAUAAUUAAAUAUAAUUGUACAUACAUGAAAAUAAUUGUUUUUAUGGUAAUUAAGAGGGCAUUGGUUGAUGGUACUAAAAGAAAUCAUGUUUUUUUAAUUAUUUUUACACUAAAAAAAAAACAAAUUUAAGUAAUUUUCUUUCUUGUUUCCAUAAAUACUCAAAAUGAGUAAUUUUUUUGUAAAAUGAAAUUGAUAGUUCUUAUUUUAAAAAAACUACUGGCUCACUUUAGUAAUAAAUUUUUAGAAGCCUCAAUAACUUAAGGCAAGCAAACAUUUUAUCAAUUUAGUUGAUACCUUCUUAAAUUAAUUACAAUCAAAAAUUUCAAUGAAGUAAUAAUUUGAUUAACCCUCCGCCCGUCACGUGGUCUCGCCACCUUUCGUUCAUCGCGCCGCGGCGUUCCGCCGCCAUGUAUUUAAUUUCGGCCUAAAAAUCUGUCUAUCGGUUGACUCUGCGGGCCAGCCCUAAAACUUUCUCAUGUUUUCGAGCUUCUCGAGAAGCUCGAAAACAUUGUUGUGAAUACAUUUUCGAGCUCGAAAAUACUUUUGUAUGCCAUUGUUUUCGAAAAAAACCGUUUUUUAGCAUUUCUUUCUCCCACGAUAUCUCGCGAUCGAAUAAACCGAUUUCGAUGGUUAAGGCGACAAUUGACGUAUUUUAUUGAGUUCUAGAGCUGGUCAGAUAUUGGAAUUGAUUUAUCUGGUCGUUUUUGAGAUUUUUCAAAAAAACUGAAAGAAAAAAUUUUUUCUAUUUCUUUCGUCAACGGUUUUUCUUGAAAAAAUGAACCGAUUUUGAUGGUUAAGGUGGCAUUCGACGAGGCUUAUAAAGUUUUAGAGCCCAGAUGAUUUUGGAAUCAAUCCAUCGAGCACAUUACAAGUUAUCCAAAAAAAACAGUUUUGAAAAAAUUUUAGUUUUGGAAUAUCUCUGAACGAGCCCUACCGAUCAAGCUCAAUUUUUCACAGCUUUUAGAUAUUGAAAAGCCGAGUCGAAUGCCACCUUGACGAUCAAAAUCGGUUCCUUGAAACGUCAAGAUCUCUUAGAAAUUCGAUUUUCGAAAAUCAGACCGAAACCAAUAACUUCCCGAAUUUUUGAAAAGUUCUAAUUUUCUUAGCGGGAAGUUAAAAAAAAUGCACGCAGAUGAAGGAAUUAUUGAGAAUCACUGGGUGCUCGGGAAAAGAAUAUGUGGCGCCGUAAUAAUAAACUAGUAUCAAUGUCGAUAAGAAUAUGAAUAUCAGAAGGCUCUGUAGUUCUUUCCAAAAAAAAUAGAUGGCUGGUACUGUACUCCUGACUUUUGAAAUCUCGAUAAUCAGAUAGAUAUAAGCCUGUAUAUAUUCGAACAUGUAGAUUUAAAUAAUGAAAAAGAAAAAAAUAAUAAAUACAUAAAAUAAAAAAGUAAAUUAGUAAUUAUUUUUAGAUUGUAGUUAGAUAUAAAGCAUGCAAUUAAAUCGUACAGGUACAUCUUAUUUAAACAGCGCUGGUCUGAUUACCUGGAAAUUUUUAUUGCAUAAAUAGCCUGAAUUUAAUUCGUACAUGUACAUUUGAGUUAAUAGACGGCUCUUAUCUAAUUAUCUACCAUUUUCUAUUGAUAAAAUAGAUACCAAUUAAUUCGUACAUGUACAUUUAUUCGAUAGACACCUCUUGUCUGAUUACCUGAUACUUUUUGUUAGAAAUGUAGCCUUAAAUCAAUAACUGCAUGUACAUUUAAUUUAUAGACAGCUCCUUUCUAAUUACCUUGUAUUCUUUAUUGGAUAGAUUGCUAUUUAUUAGUUCGUACAUGUUUAUUUAUUUGAUAGAUAUAGCACUCGUCUAAUCACCAGGUCAUUUGUUGUUGUAUUCAUUUCUAUCAAUUAGUUCCUACUUGUACAUUGUAACGGGUAUAAUUGGGAAUUUAUUAUAAAUAUAUAAAAGAGUAAUUAAUUAAAUGAUUAGUGUCAGAGAAGACGUCAAGUCAGUUUUGUAUGUCACCAGAAACUCAGAAGUUAGACGACACAGAAAUAUGUAUUGAAGAAAAUUAGUGAUUAAAAGUAUGAUCGAUUCAAUCAACAAAAGAAGUAAUUGUUAAUCACUAAACUCUGAAUGUAUAAAUUAUUCAACUACCCCUUUUUGCUCGGUUUAGCUCGCCGGAGUCCAGGGUUCAAAAGGGGUUUUUAAUUUAUAGACAGUGUUAAUUACCCCUCCCGGGUGCUUCAGGGGAGUCUGGUCGACUACCCCGUCGGCCCUAUACGAAGUCCCGUCCCAGAGGGUAAGCGGAUGGUCUCCGUCUAACCCCCACCUACGCGGUUAGUUUCACCUACCGUACCUCAGCAGAAGGCCUUAGUACGGGGACACCGAAUCUCCACGAGAAUAAAAAUUUCGCUUACCUUGGUCCGGUCGGACGUGGGGUAGGCGAAGUUCCAGAUUUUGUCCAGGGAAUGGUCUUCCUCUAGAAAACGUCUCGGGAGACUGUUGCCUCUACGGGCUUAAAUGCGCGGUUUUAUCAUUAUAUCUAUCCGCUGUAGAGGUGAACGGGAAUAAAUUCCAUCGCCCUCUGUGGUUGACAUCGAGAGUAUAUUGUUUGUGAAAUUUUUCUAUUCAUUCAUUUCAUUAGCGUUUGCAAUCUGGUUGCAUAUUCUGCCGCGGUUUCGGUUGAUCUUUGUACGCGGUUCUGGAUUUGUUCUUCCAGCUCUAGUUCGAGGCCUGGAGGCAGGUAAAAAGCUUUUAAAUCCGACACGAAGUCUUCCCAAGAAACCCAAUCUCUCUUGUUAUUCCUGUACCAAAGGAGAGCUUUUUCCCGGAGCAAAAUCGGGAUGCAUGGCACUUGGUUGACAUCGAAAGUAUAUUGUUUGUGAAAUUUUUCUAAGUCCCGAGUUACAAAAUCAAAGGAAAUCGAGCAAAAAUAAUUUUAUCAAAUGUAAAACUGAAUUUAAAAGAAAAGAAUUCGUUUAAGCUGUUAAGUAAAUACUAAGUCCCGAGAACUUAGCCUUGCAAGCGACGGUAAUCCGUGCGGACGGAUAGAAAAUGAAAGAAUGAACGAUUGAAAUAUUAGAGUUUAUUUUAAUUUCAACUAAUAUUUCUUGUAUUUCAGUUCAUUUUAUAAUUCUUUCAAUCUCUUGAAUCUUUUAAACGAUUCAUUUGAAAUCUCUAUAAGCGUUUUUAUUUUAUUUCUCUUGACUAGUUUUUAAGUAAUUAUAGUAACAAUAAGCAUAGUAACAUAUAAACGAUAAGUAGUCAUAGUAGUAAGAAUAUCAUCACAAAUUAUCACAAACGCGAGUCACUGGUGCCCUCAAUACUGGUCAUCUCCAUCCCACCAUCACACCCCUCCUACCUCAACAAGAAAAGGGGAUAGCCUGCUGUCCUCUUUUCUUCCAGCCUUUAUUCUUCCCGUUCCUGAAGUUUGGCUAGCAUGUCCCAGGCUAUCUUUCCCAUCGGCUCGAUCUUUGGUGCCCGUGAGAAUUUGCACCUUGUCACCUUGUACAGUCUCAAUGCCCCAUCGUAGGCCGUGAAUACGGCCCUUUUUUUAACGAUUUUCGGUUGGACCUCCGCCAGUGGUGUCAAGGACAACAAUAGUCUUUCCAGAGGUGUCAGUAUCGUUCUCGGUGGUUCGAAAAGAUCUCCCGGCAGUGACUCAAACUGGUCCGGGUACUCGGACAAUAGUGGUGCGUCGUCGUACUCGAGCCAGGCUGCUGUGGUUGCUUCCAGCUGGGGACUGUGUGCGCGUGGGCCCGGGUUGGUGACAACCACUCCUAUUUUUCUUCCAGGUUCAAUGGCGGCUCUCGGCUGCUCGAGGGUACUGCUGGUGGUCGGCUUCGGCACUGUCAUGGCCAACUGGGGACUGCGUGUACGUGGGCCCGGGUUGGCGGCAACUCUUUUCCCCUUUUUAGGUAUCCCGGAUCUCCUUAUGCCUGAUUUCUUGGCAACCGUGGUGGCUGGUUCCAACUGGGAGCCGUUCGUUGGAGAUGGGUCCAGGUUGGGCCACUUCCUGAGCUGGCUAUUUUCCCCGGCCCUCCGCUUCCGCUUGGGGAAACUGGUGGUUGCUCGAGCAGGCCAACCUUCGUUCGUGUCGGUCGGUGCCGUGGUUGGUGGCACUUCAAGCGGCUUUUCUGCCCCCUGGGGUGGUUCAGCUGCCAACUGGGGACUGCGUAUGCGUGGGCCCGGGUUGGUGGCUGUCACUGGCUUAGCGAGCCCCACUAAACUGGCGCUGGCCGGUCGGAUUAUGGGCCGUUUGGUCGGUCUUUUAAAUCCGGGCUUGGUCAGGUCGUAUGGCUCGACCCUUUUGACUAAACGUAGUCUGACCUCCUGGACUUCUCGCACGUGGACGCCGGGUGUUUUCCUGGCGUUGGUUGCUGUUUUUGCUGCGGUGGUAGGCGGGGGUGUGGUUGCUGUGGGGGUUGGCGUCAGGAUCAGUCUUCUUUUUUUUUAAAUUUCAGGUUCUUUGUGUUAUUUUUUAUUACACCGCCGCCUUCGACGUCAGAAACAUCGUCUUCAGUCUUGUCACCCUCCGUUUCAGUAGGUACAUUAUCAGUUUUUUCCGGACUUGGAUGAUUGUACCAUUCAACAUUCAACUCUUCAUCCUUUUUGGUUAUUUUAUUUUCUUUUUUCAUUUUUAAGCGCUUUUCGGACUCCACAGACACAUUGCUCCUAAAUUUUUUUAAACCGAAUUCAUUUUUCUCUCUUCCUCUUCUUCAUCGUAUUUUAUUCGUUGAUAUUUUCUAAUAAAAUUCUGCAUGUACGAUCUAAUUAAUAGCAAUUUAUUCAAUAGAAAUUAUCAGCUAAUUAAAUAAGAGCGGACUUUUGAAUAAUGUACAUGUACGAACUAAAUCAUCGCAAUUUAUUCGGUUGCAGGCGUCUUGAUUUCCAAGACAAAACAUCCCCAGACAAAAUAUCCCUAAAACCCCUAAGUCCUGUUUGGGGUUAAAAUUCUGAACAAGACUGAUGGUGUACGCAUAUGUAGAGACGAUGACAUGUUAGACGCCAUUUUUUGAUGUAAAACUGACACGUGUACACUUAAAUAUCUGCCUAAUAACUAGUCGAUAAUUAGUAGAUAUCGCAUAUUAAAAUGUGUAAUUUGCCGCGUCAAAUCACCAAAUUUAUAAUCUUUAUCAAGCUUAAAGUUUAAUAGACUCCGAACAAUAUUAGGUUUCAUCCCAGAUGUGAUGGUGGAAUCGUCAGUGAGGCACUUCCGACACAUCCUGCCUCAUACCUUACACUGAAGUUAUUGUCAUCCCAACAAGAGAAUGCACCUCGGGUGUCGUCGGUUUUUACUCCCACUCUGGGUGUUUUAUGUGUUAAAUGUUCUCCCACUUUUCUGUGCGCAUGCGCAAUUCAUAAAUGUUCGGUGGUGGGGGCAAUUUCCGAGGUGCAUUCUCUUACUGGGACCACUUUACCAAAAAAUUAUAAAUGGGUUGGACCUAUAACGCCACCGUCCAUCGUACGGUUUUAAAUAAAAUUAAUUAUUAAAUAUUUUUAAUUUUUGUUUAAUCUAUUACAAGAUGGUAAGUAACCGGCUACACGUAUGUAAAUAAACGCCAUCUGUGUGUACACGGCUGGACUUUCUCCCAUCCACAUGCCACGUCACCCACAAUACAUCUUUUUAAACCGUUUAGGAUAAUAAGUCAGGAACCAAUUGUCAAAGAGGAUCAAUUGUCCGGGGAUCAAAACGCAUGGAACCAUUUCUUCAAUAGAAAUUACCAUGUAAUUAGACAUAAGCCGUUUAUCGAAUGAAUGUACAUGUACGAACUGAAUAAUAGCAAUUUAUUCAAUAGAAAUUACCAGGUAACUAAAUAAGAGCUGACUUUUGAAUAAUGUACAUGUACGAACUAAUUGAUAUCAAUUUAUUCAAUAGAAAUUACCAUGUAAUUAUAGAAGAGCUGUAUAUAAGUUAAAUUAACAUGUACGAACUAAUCGUUGACUACUUAUUAAAUAGAAAGUACCAGGUAAUUAGACAUGAGAUUUUUAUUGAAUUAAAUGUACACGUUCGAAUUCAUUGUGGGCUUUAUAUGCAAUAAAAUUAUUAAAUUUUCGCUGUUGUAAUUUUUUUAUGGUAUUUAUAUUUACAAAUCUAGAGCUAGCUUGUUGUAGCCUUUUAUCGAAAUCGAAUUUGGAAUGUACAAUAGCAGCCAUCUAUUCGCUUUUGUAGAACUAUAUUUCGUACCAAUCGUAUUUUAUUCUAUCGACAUCGAUAUUAGUUUAUCGUGAUGGCGCCACAUAUUUUCUUCUGAGGUCCCAGUGGUUCUCAAUCAUUCCUUAUUUCGCUUGCAUUUUUUUUUUAGGUAAAAGUUCGCUCGCUCUGUUAAAUUGAACGUGCUGUUGCCAAAUGUCGAACCGUGACUUUUUGCGUUGUCCCAGUAUAAAAAAAUUGUUUUGUUUAAUAAAAAAAAUUGUUAACAAUUAUUUUAUAUAAAUAAAAUCAGUAAUAUUAAAUAACAAUUAAGUUGCAAAUAAAAUAAUGAAAGCAAAAACUAACCUGAAAAAUCACUUCCCUUUCAAUAGUUGUACCUAUUCCACAUACGGUAAAACAGGCUAAAAUAGUGACGGUAAAGAAGCUUGGAAACAGCGCACUUACUCGCACCGGGUGGCAGAGCGCCGCUUUCUCAUACUCGGUAUCGGAUAUUAAAAUUUGGAAAUAUUUUCCAAGCGUUUUUAUGCUUGUAAAUAGCGUUAAAAUUUUUAAAAUAGUCCAAAGAAAGAAUGAAUUUUUUUUCAAAGCUUCUAAUUCAAGCAAUUUUGAGAAAAAAAAUAAAAUGUAAAAAAGGCGGCGCCACGCUCAUUACGCGACCGACAAAGGGUUAAAACUCCACCGUCCAUCUUAUGGCUUUAUAUAAAAAUUAUUAUUGUAUAUUUAAAAAUUCAUUUCGGAAAAUUUGUAUUUUCAUCAAUUUUUUAACCUUUAGGUACAAGACGCGAAUAGGUAUCGCGAUAUGAUGUUAUAGAGUAAACACACAUGAUUAUGUGUGUUUUGUCUAUAACAUCAUAUAAGGCCAGCAAGUUCAAUCCGUCGUGAACUGAACACGCGGAAAAAGUUUAAUUAUAGAUAUUUAAAAUGUAAGCACAUGGAAUUUUAAAAAAUAUGUGGAACCUUUUUUAUGCAUGAUAACCAAAAAUAUUUUUCAAAAUAUUAUAUGUUAAUAAAAUAUGUUAUGUUUUUUUUAAAGUUUAUAAAUAUUUAAAUCAUUAUAUAUUCUUAUUGAUUAUAAUUUUGAGGGUCAAGAAUUUUAUGUUAAUAUUUGACAUUGAAUCUACAUCCUGUCUAGAUUAUUUUAUAUUUAAUAUGAACUUUAAAAAUUUAAUUUUUUUCUACAAUAUUUUUAGUUGUGAAUAUUUCCAAUAAAUUUUUUUUUAUUUUUUAAUUAUUUAUGAAUUAUAAGAAACUUUCAUGGAA